GCGGGAGCGACAGCGCUUCUCUGGCUCGGAGCGUUGGAGGCUGCGAGCUGCGGCCGCCGCUCUCGGCUCGGCUCUCGGCUCGGCUCUCGGCUCUUCUCGCCCUCUCCCCGUCCUCUCCCCGACCUCUCCCUCUCCCCGCCCGGGGCUCGGCAGAGCCUGCCAGGCGCUUCCUGCGGCUACUGACCCCGGGGCGGGCUGUGCCCUCCCCUCGUCCCCGCCGCAGCAUGCACAGGCUCAUCGGGCUCCUCAGGAGCGUGCGGGAGCGCUCGACGUCCGGCAGCGCUUCCGCGCCCGGCGCCGCCGGGGCCUCCGAGCUCCGGGAGAAGGGCCAGGGCGCGCUGCACAGCGCGGCCGCCAGCGGUGACCUGGCCGAACUGCAGCGGCGCUGGUGGUGGUGGCAGAGACUCCGCAUCAACAGGCGGGACGCGAAGAAGCAGACGCCUCUGCAUCUUGCUUGCGCGAAUGGCCAUGCAGACGUUGUGCGAUUUCUAGCAGGAAAGAAGUGCCAGCUAAACCCUCGUGACAGCUUGAAGAAAUCGCCGCUGAUGAAGGCAGUAGACCACCAGCACAAAGACUGUGUGACUAUUCUGCUGGAGCACGGUGCCAAACCCAACCUCAAAGGUGCUGGCGGCAACACUGCCCUUCACAUGGCUGCUGUCAUUCCUAGCAAACCUCUAGUGGAGCUGUUACUUGAGCACAAUGCCCAUAUCGAUGCUCAGAAUGAGUUGGGGUACACUCCGCUUACUCUUGCGAUCACCGAGCGCUGUGAAGAGAUGGUUGAGUUCCUUCUCCAAAAAGGAGCUGACGUGCAUGCUCGAGAUAAGCAUGAAAGGACCCCUCUUAUGAUUGCUGUUCUUGCUGGGAAUAUGAAUACAAUAAAAAGCCUUCUUCGACAUGGUGCUGAUCUUUCUCAUCAAGACUGUAUUGGCAAGCAAGCUACGCACUAUGCCAGAGAGUUAACGCUUUACACCAAUAUUGCUGAGCAACUGGAGGAAUACAUCAGGUGUGAAAUGACAGGAGAAUGUUCUGCGGGAGGCACAGAAGGCCCAGCAGUACUGGACAGCUUUUGCGCUGGGACAGCUGCUCAUUGUCCCUUGGGGGGACCUGCAAUGACCAGAGCAGGUGUCUUGCCAGCAGCAGCAGAACAGCAAGAGGAAGAAGUUCACACUCCUUCUGAUUCUAAGACGGAUUCCGAAGCUCCAAACAAAGCGUCAGCCGGCGCGGUGCUUCCAACUGCGGACAGACACGGAGCGUGCGCACAGUCCGUUGCAGGGGAGCGCGGCAAUGGUGUCUGCCCAGCAGUAGGAGCAGAAGACGAGGAGGAUGAUGACUCCUGGUUUGAUUCUGAGAUUUCUUCACUGGAGAGUGAAAAGCUUCAGCUAAAGCAGGAUGCUUCAGCUCAAGUGGAUUGUCAAAGCGAUAGACAGGUGACUCUAUCUAUCAGAGGUUGA